AUGUUUGUCGUCGUCGUGGCGCUGGCCUGCCUCGCCGUCUUCGUCUUCGCGGUGACCACAGGCUCGUCGGGCCACCGGGUGCCGAGCCGGGAGUUCCUCGAGUACGACCUGGACGACUACUCGGGCUGGCUGCGCGCCCGCCUGGACGCGCCGGGACGCUGGGACCGGAUCAAGGCCUGCCUGGCCGCCACGCCCACCUGCUCCGACUUCAACGGGACGUACGCCAACGCGCAGGACCUGUUCACGGCGGCCCCGAACAGGAUGACCCCUCUGCAGUCGGGGUGCUGCAAGCCUCCGACGAGCUGCGGCUACACCUUUGUGACCCCGACGUACUGGAUCAGCCCCAUCAGCGCCACCGCCGACCCCGACUGCGCCGCCUGGAGCAACGAGGAGGACAAGUUCUGCUACUCGUGCGCCUCCUGCAAGGCCGGCCUGCUGCAGAACCUCCGCAGGGAGUGGCGCCGCGCCGACCUCAUCCUCGCCGUCGCCGCUGUCCUCCUCCUCGCUGUCUACGCCAUGGGCUGCUACGCGUUCCGCACGGCCAAGACCGACGAACUCUUUCGCCGCUACAGGCAGGGCUACACAUGA